GCUUUGGCGUCUUCACGCUCUUCAACCGGAAUCGGCUCGAUGCCACGAGUCUCAACAUUGAGCUUGGCUGCCCAUCGCUGGUAUCUUGACUGAUGAACUUCUCUUGUUUCUUUCGAUCCAUGGUUUUCCACAUCUUCCUGUGCAAUGCUCCGAAAGGUAGGCGAUUUGUGGUUCUUUUCAACUUCCGGGUCCAUGCUGGACUGUAUAAAGCAGGCAGUUCAAAAAUGUUGGACAAUAUAUGGAAGAGGAAAAAGCCCCGAGUUCUUCUAACGUCUUUCUCCCGUUGUCUUUGUUCAGACAAAACUCAAUGUAUAACAGGCGGCCAGAAAUCAGUAUUAUACCCCAAGCACAGACAUAUCAGCACGACAACAGGCACCAAUAAAGGAUAUCAGGCAUUCCACAGCAUCACGGGCCCCCGGGAAAGAAGGGUGGGUGGAUGCACCUCCUGCUGCGCAUCCCCGAGCUCAAUGACACAUAGAAUGAGGCGCUGUGGCCUGUAUGUAGUAGCCUACCAUCUGCACGCUACGUCGGGAUCUAUAUUUCUUCCCAAAGAAACAAGGGUCUAGGAAUCUUCCAUCCACACCCCACGGACCUUCACCAACCCCCGACCCACUCACCUUUUUUUCAU